AUGACGUCAUUCCAGUCACGUUACAGUAAUUUACACGGUUUACAUGGUAUACUUGGGGGAUACCAUCAUCACCGUCUUCGUGAAUAUCUUUUCUUUAAUCAAACGUACGACACCACAGUCAGACCAGUUUCUAAUUGGAGCACAACAACGUAUCUUGAAUUACAGUUCUUUCUCUCCCAGGUAUUGGAUGUGGACGAACGACUUCAAACACUGAAAAUGAAUGUGUGGCUGACAAUAGUAAGUGAAUUCCGUCUUAUUCGCACUGUACUCGAGCAAGUUCGACAUUCCUGUAAAAGUACAAAGAGGUGGCAAGACGAAUUCCUGCAUUGGGACCCGGACGAUUAUGGUGGAAUUGUGAACUUCAAGACUUAUAGUGACAAUGUUUGGUUACCUGAUUUAUGGCUUUAUGAAAAUGCCGACAUCAAAUACGAAGACUACACUUUAAACACACAGUGUGUGGUGAACUAUGACGGUGAAGUAAUGUGGGCUGCCCCAGUUAUUAUAAAGUCACACUGUAAAAUGAAUGUGAAGAACUUUCCAUUCGACAAACAAACAUGUAACAUAACGUUUGGUCCAUGGAUUCACAACUCGUCGGAAAUAUAUGUCAAUGGAACAGGGGCUAAAGACUACUUUGAAGGUGAUACUGAAUGGGAAUUAACUGGUUUUAAUUAUGUAAAUGAUAUCAUGGAAGUCAAUUAUUACCCGGACUACCCUUUGGAACGAUUCUCAUAUGUUAAGUUUACUGUCUUCUUGCAACGACUGCCCAUGUACUACGUGUUUUAUUUAGUCAUGCCGUGUUCGCUUAUCUCAGCCACAACGCUCUUGAGUUUCUUUCUUCCGGUUGAGUCUGGAGAGAAGGUGGGACUCGGAAUUACCGUACUCCUGUCGCUGACUGUGUUUCUUCUACUUCUCGCGGAAACUCUACCGCCGAUGCAAAACAGUGUACCUAUUUUGGGUCAAUAUUAUGCUGGAGUGAUGGUGCUAGUUUCAGUAUCUAUAGCCAUGUCUGUUGCUGUUCUAAAUCUUCACUUUCGUGGACCAGAAAGUAAACCGGUCCCAAACUGGGUGCGGAAACUGCUACUCGGGAGAGUCGCUCGUUUCGUUUUGAUUCGUGAUGUUGCUGCGACAAAAUCUGUGAGAGCGAAGCGGAAACCUAGUUAUAUCAGGCACAGCAAGAAACUUGAACUUUUGCCGAUGAUGGAUUUACAGUCCCCGGUCGGCACCGAAGACAUGGACAAACCAAACGGCGUGCAAGGAAGACGACUUGCCCAACAUAAUUCACGAAAGAAGGCCUCGAGCCAGAAAGUGCUUCGCGUCAGUAAAAUAGGCGACGAACAAGUGUACUAUCUUCGAGAAUUAUUACACGAAUUCCGUAGUGUGAGGGAGCUGUUUGAAGGUAGAAGCAAAGAAGGAAAAACAAGUUGCGAAUGGAAGCAGGUUGCCAUGGUGAUGGAUAGAUUAUUUAUGAUGUUAUACGUCAUAGGAACUUUUAUGACGAUGCUGGUUAUUUUCUUACAGAUUGAGAUUAAUUAA